GGAAUUCUGAGAGUAGAAGCUUGUCGAGGGACUCUAUCUCCUUUUUCAAAAUCUCCAGAAGGUGGGCAAUUAUUUGUUUGAGACGAAGAAUUUCUCUGCAAAGGUCAGCAUCGUCGCCAAUUUCGGAAAGGAGUUCUUCGUCCCUCUGCUUCUGGAUUGUAUGUUUCUUCUAAAACAAGAAAGUCGAAAUAGAAAUAUACGUGUUUAGCAUCUUUAAUAUAUUCAGCCUAAUAUCUCAGAGAAGCAUUCUUAAAUUGUGUUCACAUAUUAACAAUUGGGCCAUGUUUCAAACCGAGCUUUUACUGUACUCCGCUCACCAUUAAGCUCACAGGGUGGUGCAGCCCAUGUUUGGCGGACCGGACACUUGCCUGGCUUUUAUCACUUGAUCCCCCCUCUUCAUGUGAGCAUGAUCAUGUGACACAAUACAAACAGUUGACUGGUCCACCCAGCUGGGAGCGUCCACUGCCCUCUUAGUUAAGGGGUAAAUGAAGUACAGCAAUGCAAUGGUGACAACAGCACUAAACUAAAACUUCCCGACAAAAGCACUGGCUGUUCAGGUUUCUUUUGCCACUGCCCGCUUGGCCGUGUAAUGUUGUUGCCCACUUAAUGCUGGCUUCGGCGUUGACACUUAGCUUCUUGGCACAAAAAGCAAAAAACACUUGAAAACAUUUUGAAUUCGUAAAUUGUUUAUGGGUCAAAGAAAAUAGAGCAUUCCACGAACCACAAGUAAAACUGCUUGUUAUUUAUGAGCGGCCUUCCUUAUCUCAACGCUCAACUAGAGCAGUAAUCGCGCUUACAGUUUGUAGCGGAAUGCUGCCAGCUUUACGUAGAUUAAGCAAUGAACGGCGUUGACCCUGCAAUGGCUGGCAGACAUGUAGUAGUGACGACAAAAAUCAAAAGCCUCUCGAAUGCUGUUUGUACACACAAUAGCCUCGCCAUAGAUCAGCUUUCUUCUUUCAGAUAGCACUAGGAUCCAUGAUGCGGUGCGGUCGCUUGGCCUUCACGAAUCUUCCAUGAAUGUACGGCUGAGUUUACGGACCGUGGGAAGAGACUAAAAAAAAUUAUUUAAUGCAGUGCCUCAAAGUAUGGGCAUGCUUCUUGAGUGUAGAUGAAUAUUUGAGGGAUGACGAGUCACCCACACCCAUAAGACAGUCAGCGGAAGACUGUGAGUACGGACUGAAAAGUGAACUCGAAUAUGUCAUCCAGCUAACUGCCGGAUGCGCCACAACGAACGGAGAACGCCUGAAGACGCCGCCGCCUGCUCUCUUACUCUACGAGGUCUCACGACGUACCCAAGCUAGGUGGGACCAGCUUUUUGAAGAUGCAGGCUGUUCCGAACCUCAGAACAGCGCAAGUUCCGAUCAGCUUGCAAUCAUCCCAAUUCUUUUUUGACGAAAGUAUGGGGCAGAGGAUGCAAGUGUUACCGAAGAAGAGAGGAGCUUCUGCUCGGACAUUUGUGUUUCAAGUUUUAAUGAAGCUGAUGACGGAGACAGUACCUCCUGCGUUGAACAAUACCCAGGUGAUAGCUGUGUACAGGAAGGUUUGGCCCACACUCCCCUUUUUGAUGGGUGAUCUAUAUCUUGCAUUGAAAUUUGUGUCAACCUGAUGAACUUGUUAAUCAAAUGCAACCUCACG